GGUAGGAAUUAAACUUUGUGAGAAUGAGGGAGAUCACUGAGGAAGACAAUGUAAAAUGAAAAGGCAAAAAAACCCCAAACCAACCCAACCCCCAGGAGAAGAGUGCCAAGGAGAGAAUUUUAGGGGAUACAACUCAGGAACAGGCUGAGAAAGAGAUUCCAACAGGAGCUACUAAGAAUGGCCAGUAGAGAGUGAUGGAUGUGGACUGGGAGGGAGAGGCAUCUAGGAAGCCGAGAGGCAGUAAUGUCGAGAGAAACGGACGAGUCAAGGGUAGAUAGCGCAUUUAAAAAAUAAUACACAGUUAACACGGCAGAGAGUUCAAGAAAGAAGAAAGCUAGAAACAAUGUGUUGUCUUAGAAAUCAGAAGGAAGAUAGAUUAUUGGUAACUUUUCUUAGCAAGGGGUUUGAAAGGAGCUAAUAGUUAUGCAGCCAGAUAAAUGAUUUAAGUAAACUUCUUUUCUUUUCUUUUUCUUUCUGUCUUUGUUUUUGAGGAGCCUGGCUGUAAAGAAAAAAGGCCAAGUGUUAGGAGCUGAGGAGUUGCGGGGUUGUGUGAGUGCUUAUAAAAAUUCUUUUUUAAGGGGCGGGAGAUUCUAACUCAACUGUAGCUGGAAAAGAAAGGAAACUACAGCUCUUCACAGUAGUAAUAUACUGGAGAGAGAGAGAGAGAGAGAGAGAGAGAGAGAGAAUAAAUUAGCUGAUGGACCACAUUUCCUGCUGAAGACUAAAUGUAAUCCUACCAAAAAAUAUUAAAACCUAUCUGUAUGUAAGGAAAACAAAAAAAAAACCCUUUAAUGAUAAAUUCAAGUUGCACUUUUCCCCUACUCAUCUUAAUUACAAUAUUCUUGAAUUUUCCCUGGAUUUUUAGCUUUAUUUCCUCAACUACAGAAUAAACUCUUCCUUAAAAUGUCAUGGCAUAAAUCACAUCUACGUGAUUCAACAAAUCUUUCAUUCAGAUCUACCAAGUAUGAAGCAUUAUGGACACCGGCCUUCCCCUGCUUGGCGCCCGGUGGCCCUGGUCCUGUUGACUCUGUGUCUGGUGCUGCUGACGGGCCUGGCGGCUCUGGGGCUUGUGUUUUUUCAGUUCUACCAGCUCUCCAACGCUCAGCAAGACAGCAUUUCUCAAAAGGAAGAAAGAUUGGGGAAUCUCUCCCGACAGCUGCAAUCUCUCCAAACCCAGAACAGGAAGCUCGCAGAAACGCUGCAUCACGUGGCUGAGAAACUCUGCCGCGAGCUCUACAACAAAACUGGAGAACACAGAUGCAGCCCUUGUCCAGAAAUGUGGAAGUGGCAUGGGGACAAAUGCUACCAGUUCUAUAAAGAAAGCAGGAGCUGGCAGGGCUGUGAAUAUUUCUGCAUUGCCGAAAACUCGACCAUGCUGAAGAUAAACACACAAGAAGUGCUGGACUUUGCCAUGCCCCAGAGCUACUCUGAGUUUUUCUACUCUUAUUGGACAGGGCUAUCCCGCAACGGCAGCCGCAAGGCCUGGCUGUGGAUGGACGGAGCCCCUUACUCCUCUGAACUGUUUGAGAUUAUAAUAGAUUUCAGCAGCCUAAGAAGCAGGGAUUGCGUGACCAUCCUCAACGGAAAGGCUUUCUCAAAGGACUGCCGUGAGCUGAGGCGGUGCGCCUGUGAGAGAAGGGCGGCCAGGGUGGAGCUGCAGGAGCUCCAGCAGCCUCUCUGAGGCUGGGGUCACCUGUUGCUGGGGUCACGUGUUGCCGGGGUCACGUGGAGGUGAAUGGUUCUCCAGCGACAACUGCGACUUCCGACCCCCUGCAGAGAAACUGAAGACUCUGUUUUGCAGAACAAGUCAGUCUCGCUGCGUGCACCUGGCAUAGCUGGGGUUUCAGUUGCCAUUUUCUCCCAUUGAAUUCCUGUUUAUACCUUUCAGGUACUGAAGAACUGAUAAUAAUAAAUGUAAAUAAUGUAAAGUGUGA